ACGAUUAGCACCAAAGAAGAAGAACAGAAGGCCAGUACCUGCGGUUCGUGAGUUGAGCGCAAAUAAUAGAAGAAAGCAGCUCGGUUAAAUCAUGUCCGCUGACCCCAAGAUUGCGGAGCUGCUCACUGAGCUCCACCAGCUCAUCAAACAGACACAGGAGGAGAGGUCACGCAGUGAACACAACCUGCUCAACAUCCAGAAAACACAUGAGAGGAUGCAGACUGAGAACAAGACUUCUCCGUACUACCGCACCAAGCUGAGGGGGCUCUACACCACGGCCAAGGCAGACGCUGAGGCGGAGUGCAGCAUUCUGCGUCACGCCCUCGAUAAGAUCGCAGAAAUCAAGUCUUUGCUGGAGGAGCGGCGGAUAGCUGCAAAGAUGGCGGGCGUUUACAGCGACAGUGACCCUCCCAGGAAGACGAUGAGGCGUGGCGUCCUCAUGACGCUCCUCCAGCAGUCGGCCAUGACACUUCCUCUGUGGAUCGGGAAGCCGGGGGAGAGCCCUCCUCCUCUGUGCGGGGCGACCCCUGCGAGCAGCGACUACGUGGCCAAACAGGGAGACAAGGUGGCGGCGAGGGUGAAGAGCGUGGAGGGCGAUGAGCAGUGGAUCCUGGCUGAGGUGGUCAGCUACAACCAUUCCACCAACAAGUACGAAGUGGACGACAUCGACGAGGAGGGCAAAGAGCGGCACAUGCUGAGCAGACGGCGGAUCAUCCCUCUGCCGCAGUGGAAAGCCAACCCGGAGACGGACCCCGAGGCGCUGUUCAGUAAGGACCAGCUGGUGCUGGCCCUUUACCCUCAGACCACCUGCUUCUACCGAGCGCUGAUCCACACGCCGCCGCACAGGCCUCAGGACGAUUACUCGGUGCUGUUUGAGGACACGUCGUACCCUGACGGUUACUCACCGCCGCUCAACGUGGCCCAGCGCUACGUGGUCGCCUGCAAAGAGAACAAGAAGAAGUGAGCGGCGGCGGGACUAAACGUCCAUGUUUAUAAGAACACGUGUUCCUCAGUCUGAUGCUGGUAUCCCUGGGACUGAUGUUGUUUCCUGUCAGCUCUCAUCAGAGUGGGAUUUGUAUUGAUCAGCUGAUCAGAUGGACAGAUGUUGAACAGCAGGAAGCAGAAAAAAAAUUUUUUUUUAAUUUAUUUUCAGGAAGAAAAAAAAACUAUCAUUCAUGUUUUAUUCAAACUGUUUUUUUUACGUGUUCGUGUUUGUUGUUGUUUAAAAAAAACUGUGCACAGGUUUGUGUCCACGUCUCUUCUCUUUGUGUGAAACUGAACAUGACUCCAAAGUACAGACGCACAGGAAGUCAGUGACCGAAACACACGACUCUCGUUUGAAACUAAAAGCUGUGACAUGUGGAAACGUCUAAAAUGGCUUUUAUUCAUUUAUUUAGUGCAGGAAGAAUGAAAAACCUCUGAGAUAUACUUAAUGAACAGUGAUCUGCACGAGGCGCAGAGGCAGGGUACAGGUCCUGGGGUCAUGCUUGGACUUCCAGCUGUGUUUACUUGAAGGUUAAAAGAAAACCAGGUGCUUCAGUCAGAUUAAUACACGACAAUCAAUAGAAUCAGAAUAUUCGUCCCCAAGUAAAGUGGGUUACAGUUGCUCCAGGACAGUAACAGACUGAACUAGUUAAACCAUACAAUAUGUUAAGAGUUUACAAAUUUAACAGACAGAUGAAAUAAAGCUUUAUUAGUCCCACACGUGAGAAAUUUUUUUGGUCACUGCCAAAAAUAUUGUGGCCAAGUCCAAGUUUAAGAGCAGCAAAAGUUCAGAAAAACAUAAUAGAAUAAGAUCAAAUAGAAUAACGUACUAUACAACAAGAAUAAAAUGCUUUGUCAUAGUAGGAAAAAUUGCACAUCAGGGAGACAGUUACAGUUGUGUGUGUCUGCACAUGUGUGGUCAUCUGCAGAGACCGUGUUGAGUCUGACAGCAGCUGGAAGGAAAGACAUGUGAAAUCUCCGUCCCACAUCGUGGGUGCAGCAGCUGAAGGAGCUGCUCAGGGUGUAACUAUUGCAGUGUGUACUGUGCAUUAAUUGUACAGGGAGAUGGCCACAGGCAGGAAUGACUUCCUGUGUCAUUCAGUGGUGCAUUAUGGGUAAUCUCAGUCUCUCACUGAACGUGCUCCUGUGGCUAACCAGCACGUCAUGGAGUGGGUGGGAGGUAAUAUCCAGCAUUGUCUUUGUCUUAGACAGCACCAGCCUCUCCGACACCACCCUAAGGAAGUCCAGCUCCGUCCCCACAGCAUUACUGGCCUUGAGGAUCAGUUUAUUCAGUCUGUUGGGGUCUGCGACCCCUAACCUGCUGCCCCAGCAUGCAGCAGCAUAGAGGAUAGCACUGACCAUAACAUAAAAAAUCCUGAGAAUUGUCAGAUGUUAAAUGACCUCAGCCGCUUCAGAAAAUAGAGCCAACUCUGGCCCUUCCUGUAAAGUGCAGUGGUGUUUUUAACCCAGUCCAGUGUAGUGUGUAUAUGUACUCGGAGGUAUUUAUAGUCCUCCACAUGAAGAAAGUUCUUUUAAUGUGCUCCUGGCAGCAUGAAGAGCCCACGCAUGUGCUCCUCUCUUUAUUUAUUUUAAUGAAGCAUCUCAAACAUCAUCACACACAAACUGUCAGUGUGCAGUUUGGAGCAGGCAGACGACAAUCUCCAGCUUUGUUUUCAUUCACACUGAUCUCAAGAAAGUAGUGUUUCCAUUUCUAUAUUACCAGAUAUUAAUGAGAUUUUGUUGUAUUUGUUAUUUUUGUAAUAUUAAAAUAUUAUAUGAAUUUCUCUUAAAUUUACAGCUUGUUUUAUAAGUUUGUCCAUUUUUAA